AUGAUCACAUUAAAAGGAGCAGCAGAAUCUAAGAGUGCUGAAAGUGCUGCAUUUCUACCAAGAAAACUGAUAGCAUAAAAAUCGUUAAUAAAUUUACUUGAUAAUAAUUUGGCAGUUUUUUCAUUUUAAAUUACUCUAACACCUAUGAGAUAAAAGAAUUGCAAAAUAUAAAUCCCCUAUGAGAAUGCAGUUGUAAUAAGAGCUAAUACAAAUACUAUAAACUCUUCACAAUUAUAAGCAUUCAAAAUGAAUACAACAUCAUUAUAUAAAUCGAAUUUGAAUAAUUAAGAGGACAGUAAAGCUAUUCCAUAACUAAAGAAGAUUCCCCAUUUAGAUUAAGUGAAUUCUUCUGCUUAAGCAGUGACAGCAGAAGUAAAUUUACCAGCAGCCUAUGUAAUUUUCUUAUUAACUUCUGUUGCCAUUUUUUAAAAUACACUUUGUCUUGCUACUUCAGAAUUUUGUGAUUAAACUUACUUUUUUAACAUCGUAGUAUCAUCCUCAGUUGCUGGCAAUAUCUUAUUAUUUUGUUUUUCUUGGAUUUAUUGA